GCGAACUAGGCAGGCCAACUUGCAGAGUGCAGCUCAGCCUCGACAGCGGCUGCUUCCUACUGGGGGUCUUCGGAGAGCAUCGCACUCCAAUGUGCGCUGCUGUGCCCGCUGGAUGUUGAAAUCGCGCCGUGCGCCUCGCCAGGAGCCACCAUGUCCAACCCAACCCACGACCCGUUCUACUCGUCUCCGUUCGGACCCUUCUACAGGAGACACUCGCCCUACAUGGUCCAGCCCGAGUAUCGGAUCUACGAGAUGAACAAGCGGCUGCAAGCGCGCACAGAGGAAAGUGACAGUUUGUGGUGGGACGCCUUCGCUACAGAGUUUUUUGAGGAGGACGCCACUCUCACGCUCUCCUUCUGCCUCGAAGAUGGACCAAAGAGAUACACGAUCGGCCGGACGUUGAUACCCCGUUACUUCAGCACGGUGUUUGAGGGUGGGGUCACCGAGCUCCACUACAUCCUCAAACACUCCAAGGAGUCCUUCCACAACUCCUGCAUCACCCUGGACUGUGAUCAGUGCACCAUGGUCACCCAGCACGGGAAGCCAAUGUUUACAAAGGUUUGUACAGAGGGUCGUUUGAUACUGGAGUUUGCCUUUGAUGAUCUGAUGAGGAUCAAGACGUGGCACUUUACCAUCCGGCAGUACCGAGAGCUCAUCCCCCGCAGCAUCCUGGCCAUGCACGCACAAGACCCUCAGGUGCUGGAACAACUGUCCAAAAACAUCACUCGCAUGGGUUUGACCAACUUCACCCUCAACUACCUCAGGUUGUGUGUCAUCCUGGAGCCCAUGCAGGAGCUCAUGUCAAGGCACAAGACCUACAACCUCAGCCCCCGGGACUGUCUCAAGACAUGCCUAUUCCAGAAGUGGCAGAGAAUGGUAGCCCCACCAGCUGGACACCCACAGAACUUCAAAACGGAAAUAUUUCCCACAAAUCACAAAAAAGCUGGUCGCGCCAAAGCUGAGCCCGCCCGACAGACAACCACGAAGAGGAGGAAACGGAAGAACUCAGCCAGCAGCGCCAACAGCAGCGUGGGCACCACCGCCAGCAAGAAACGCAGCCCCGCCACCAACUUCAGCCUCUCCAGUCAGGUACCUGACGUGAUGGUGGUGGGCGAGCCGACCCUGAUGGGCGGCGAGUUCGGGGACGAGGAUGAGCGUCUGAUCACCCGCCUGGAGAACACGCAGUACGACGCCACCAAUGGCCUGGACGAUGAGGACGACUUCAACAGCUCCCCGGCUCUGGGCAACAACGCUCCCUGGAGCAGCAAACCCCCCGCCGCCCAGGACAGCAAGCCUGAGAGCACAGCGCCCCAGCCCUCGCAGUAAAACAAAAGAAGAAGAAGAAGAAAACAACAGAUCCUUGACUCCAUGUGGACUGGACUUUUUAACCUCUCCCUCCCCCCCUGAGGGCCGUGCUUCUACGCCUCAUAACAUUGUACUGAAUCAGAAUCUGCAAACUCACCGCUGGCGUGUCCAGCUGAAAAUCUUCUGGAUAUUUUCUUCUUCUCUGACUCACUGUAACAUCUUGGAGAACACUGAGAACUGGCAGCAUUGCACAGCAAUAUCCACAUGUCAAAGACAACAAAUGCGUACGAGACGUAUGCAGCUGUAAUGUAAAAAAUACCGAGGCGUGGGCAUUUUUUUUUGUUUCAAGAAUGCAGUGGAAAAUUGUGGAUCAAAUUCUCCCUCAGAUACAAACCUCUCGUCUAGUGGAAUACUACAGCUGUGAUUGGUUGACCUGCAGGUCGCGAGUCAUCAUGCUGACAGUAGACAGAGGGGAGAAAAGAAGAAGAAUAAAAACAACAAACAAAAAUGUCUCAAAAAUGGCAAGCUCAACGGUGAGAAGGCAAGGUGUUUUUUUAACAGAGCCAAUGGAAGCGUCUAACCACAUUGGAGACAAAUGAAACAUUGUUUGAGGCAAUUGCAUUUUUAUUGGGAAUUCAGUCGGCUGUUGGUUUGUUUCUGCUGUUGCUGUUUAUUUCCAUUUCCAAUUAAGAGGAAAUAAAAGUUCUCUACCGCUAUGGACUCCUUUCAAACGAGGGGAAAUCGUGUCCUAGGAUUGUUUUUUCCACAUUACUGCGGUCGUCACAGAUUGUGAUUUCAUGCAAACCAGUUUGAUUGUGUUCGUGGUCUAUUGGUAUUUUGCUUCUCUCAGAAUCCUUUGCAGUCACGUUGUAAUUUUGCCGAUCAGUAUGUGAACUUUGCCGACACGCAUUGAUGCAUUAAUGUUGAUUUUCUUUUCUUUUUUCCCUCCUCGAAAAAUUGGACUUCUUACCCUUUAACGACCUACUCCCAAACUGAUACUAAAGCCUUUUCCUGCAUGAUUUUAUAGGAUUUUUAUUUUGUUUGAUAUAUGUACUUUUUAAAAAACACAUCAGUCUGAUUUUCCUUUUGGGUUCAUCAGUUUGGGAACACUGUUACAAGGUUUGUAGCUCUGUAAAUAGAGGUGGAAUCUAUUUUGUCCACUGUAAAUCAGCCACUGAAACCAGUUUGGAUAUGGCAGCUGUUUUGUUUUGUACAGGAGGUUCAGAUUUCUGUAGGGUGGUUUGGAUGGACGCUGCUUUGCUUCCGUCAAUAAAAAAAAAAAUCUCUAAUGUUCCUCAUCCUCUUUAGCUAGUGCAGAACCAAAGCCACAAAGUUAACAAACAGUCACACAGUCAUAUUUCUUGUAUAUUCUGUGACAUAGGAAGAAAACAAUUUUACAUUUUGAAAAGCAACGCACAGAUAAAAUCCCACCCACCCCACAGAAAUGCUUUGAGAUCCCUGUAUUUGUGCUCACAAUUGUUCUUUAAUCUUUAAUUGAAUUGAUAAUAUAUCCCUGAUCUCUUUUGUUGGACUUUUGUUUGAAAAUGGGCGAGAAGACAGCGACACGUGUCUUUAUACAAUUGGAUCUUAUGGGUAUUUAUUUGUGCAUUUGUAAGGAAGCUAACACAUUUCUAAAUAUGUUUGAGCCUAGUAUUAUUAGACACCAUUUGUACAUUAUAUAGCAGAGGUGUUCAGUGUCAUAUCUGAUGUCUGGUAUGUAUGCUUUACCAUUAUGUGUGCCAAUAAACCGUGCUUACAAUGGAGCUUGGUUCGGCUACAUGCAUCAUGUGUGCACGUAACAUCUGCUUAUUCAUUUAUCUAUGUAUUUAAGUUGAUUCUUGACCCUGAAAACAGCCGCUAACGACAUAGUCCAC